AUGUCAGACAAUAAGAAUAGCAAUCAACCAUUGAAUAUUAAGAAGAAGCAAAAGCAAGAUUCUAAUAGACAAGAGUCACAAGAAAAAUUUGAAACCAGAAAAGUUGAUUCGAAUAACAAGAAUAAUCUCACUACUGUAACUGAAAGAAAGCAUUUCAAGCAAACCUCAACUGUUCCAUUGGUAGAGAAGGUUUCAAACUUGGCUUCACUGAUUGACCAAGCACCAAAGGCAAUUGACAAGAUUUUCCUUGUUAAAGGUGUAAUCUCUGAAAUAUUUGCAGAAGAAUAUGCUUACUACCUUUCUGAUAAUACUGCUACGGUUAGAUUAGUUUGCUCUGAGAAGAAUUCCAACAAGAGACUCAAGAUUGGUCAAAUGAUUCAAUUGAAAGUUAGAGUGUUUCGUUCCAGAAUGACACAAGUUGGAAAGUCAUUGAAAUUGUUGGAAAGAAGUCCAUUUAACUUUCUUAUUGAAUCAGAAGGUACUUUAGUUUACAUUAAGAAGGACCAAAAGUUUCUCGUUCAGGAAACUGAGCCAAUCGAAUAUGGUUCAUUGGACUAUUCCUUGAGAAAGCUUUCCAAAUCAAAAUUGCCUUUGAAUCAUGAAACCUUUGAUUGUAACGUUUUGAAAUUGUUACUUUCCUGUUUGAGUUUUGAGAGAAUUCAAGAAUUGGAGAGAAAAUUCAAAGAGUUCAAGGCCAAUCAAAUCCUAGCAGAAAUUCUCGAUUGUUUCGAAAAUGCUAAAAAGAUUCAACAAAUGGGAGAAGGAAAGAGCAUUGAUAAGUGUUACAAACUCUUUAGAUUGAAAUAUGCAAAUGUAGGAAAGAACAAAUCUCUCAAUAAUUUUGAUGGCAAAAAGGAAUUACCAGCUAUUAGAUUGGGAAGAUUGAAUGAUUAUGUGGUCAGAGAUCCAGGUCAGGAAUCAUUUGAAGAAUCUCAAGUUGAGCUACCUUUAUUCACUCACACAAAGGUUUGGAUCUUUGAGGAACUUUCCAAUGAGGACCAAGAAUUGUUGAGAAAGGGAUAUAGUGAUAUGUAUGGUGAAGCUAAAUUUGUUAAACUUGAUGAAUUGGCUCAAUACUUUGGAAAGAAGAAUGAAGAAAUUAUUAUCAAACAUUUGGCAAAUGACUUGUAA